AUGAGGUUUCAUUUUGGGAUUGGGAUGUGUGUGUUCGCUACCCUGGUGGUAGCGAUUUGUGCAUCGCCGGUUUCGUCGGAGGGAACGAUGAUGUUGGUUGGGAGUGAGGGUGGAAAGGGGAAUGGGAAGGGGGAGGGGAUGACUUUUUAUGGAUCGAGUGGGAGGAGUGUUGGUGGGGUUGGAGGGAGAGCUGUGGAUGGGGUGGAUGGUGGGAGGAGAGAGACAGAGGUAGAGACAGCGAAAAGGAAGGAGGGGAAAGAGAAAGUCAAAAGAAGGAAAGAAAAACUGCAUGUUGUGCAUGAAAAGAGAUCCUCCCCGCCUCCCAAAUGGAAAAGAUCCGCACGUCUCCAUCCUCAAGCCGUUCUCCCCGUCCGCAUAGGUCUCACGCAACAAAACCUCCACCGCGCCGAGGAAUUCCUAAAUGAAGUCUCGCAUCCCGAAUCGCCGCUCUACGGUCAACAUUGGAGCGCAUCCAAAAUCGCAGAUAUGUUUGCUCCGUCGCAGGAAACAGUGGAUGCGGUGCGAGCUUGGCUACAUGAGGCGGGGAUUGCACCGGAGAGGGUGAAGGUUAGUAAGGGGGGAUCGUGGAUUAGCUUUAAUGCGACGACGGAGGAGGCGGAGGGGUUGUUGAGGACGAGGUAUUUUGUUUGGGAACAUGAGGAGGGGGGGAGGCAUGUCGCGUGUGGGGAGUAUAGUGUACCGAGUGGGGUGAGCGCGCAUGUGGAUUUUGUGACGCCGGGGGUGGCGUUUGAUGGGAGGGUUGGGGGUGGAGGGGGAAGGAAGCAAGUGAGGCAGGAGAGAAAUUUGCCGGAGCCGUUGAAAGCGUUGAAUAGGAGGGCGGAGGAGGUGAGGAGGAGGAAGAGGGAUGGGAUGGGUGCUGGAAUCGGAAUGGGUGUUGGGGAUACAAAACCUGUUGGGAAAAUGGGAAGUCCCGAAGAUGCGUCGAAUCCUAAACAAGGAGCCGAUGUCAAGAAUGCUCUCAUGACGCUCGCGAAUUGCGAUACUAUGAUCACAACCGCCUGUCUCCAGGCCCUUUACAAUUUCCCCCCGGGCUCAAAAUCCGCGACGAAUAAUACGCUGGGUGUAGUCGAAUAUACACCGCAGGCAUUCCUCCAAACAGAUCUAAAUAUGUGGUUUGACCAAUUCUCACCCAAUCAAGCGAAUAAAGUACCGAUUGUCGAUUUGAUCGAUGGAGCCGUCGUGCAGCAAACCAACCAAUCUUUCGCCUUCAACGGUGAAAGUGCACUCGAUCUCGAAUUUGCCAUGGCGCUCAUAAAUCCGCAACAAGUGACCGUCUUCCAAGUCGGCGAUCUAGUCGAGGGAGGAAGUUUUAACAAUUUCCUCGAAGCGAUCGAUGCCUCCUACUGCACAGCCGAAGGCGGCGACUCCAAAGAUCCCAACGUCGAUGGCCAAUACCCGGAUACCAAACCCGGGGGUUUCCCCGGCGAACUCCAAUGCGGCCGCUAUCAAAGCACCAAAGUGAUUUCGACGUCGUAUUCCGCCAACGAAGCGGACCUCGGCGCGAAAUACGAAAUGCGUCAGUGCAACGAGUACAUGAAACUCGGGCUCCAGGGCGUCUCGGUGCUGUACUCCUCGGGCGAUUUCGGCGUCGCGGGAAAUGGGGGCCAGUGCAUUGAUUCGACGACAGGCGCGUAUAAUAACGGGACGUCCGGGCUGUUCAACCCCAGUUUUCCCGGCACGUGUCCGUAUGUGACGAGUGUGGGCGCGACGCAGAUUCUCAACGGCAGCACGGUGCAUAGUCCCGAGAGCGCGGCGUCCAAGGUCAUUUUCAGCGGUGGGGGGUUCUCGAAUGUUUUCCCGCUGCCGGAGUAUCAGAAAGAGGUCAUGGCGGCUUACUAUGCGCAGUCGGCGCCGGGGUAUGGGGCGGAGCGAUACAAUAAUUCGCGAAUGGUGCGCGGGUAUCCGGAUGUGAGUGCCAACGGGGUGAACUAUGUGACGGCGGUGAAUGGACAGUUUUCGCUCGCGUUUGGCACGAGCGCGAGUUGUCCGGCGUUUGCGGCGCUGCUGAAUCUGGUGAAUGAGGAGAGGAUUGCCGGGGGGAAGAGCACGGUGGGGUUUGUCAAUCCGGUGUUGUAUGCCAAUCGGGCGGCGAUGAAUGAUAUUACGAGUGGCAAGAAUCCGGGGUGUGGCACGGAUGGGUUUGAGGCGGUGGAGGGGUGGGAUCCGGUGACGGGGUUGGGGACGCCGGAUUAUGGGAAGUUGGUGAAGGUUUUUAUGGGGUUGCCUUAG